AUGGCUGCCAACUUCCAACUUCCAUUCCAAUGCAUCCAAUAUCUGGAGAGACAGUGUGCAGAACCUCAGAGGCUGCUUAUUGCGUCAUCUGGGGGUAAGAUUUACUCCUACACUGCAGAGACCGGACAGCGUCUCUCGUCUUGGCCGCAAGAUGUAGAUGCAAGCAAUGCAAAUAACCCCAAGCCAACUGAGACACGGACUGGAUCAGAAGACCAAGCACCACCAGAGAAGAAGAGAAAGGUCUCUCUGUCCGAGGAUGGACCUGCCGAAACUUCCAAAUCGCCUGUCAAGACUCCGGCUUGGUCCAGCAUCCCUAUUUUAAUUGCGCAUUCGAACGGAGAUUAUGUGAUUGCACUCACUGCAGAAGAUAAGUGCAUUCGUGUCCUCCGCUUGAAAGAUGAUGGCACUUUUGAACAACUAAGUGAAAGAUGUAUGCCGAAGAGGCCCUGUAGUAUCGUUCUUACUGAUGACGGUAACACAAUCCUCUGUGGUGAUAAAUUCGGCGAUGUUUACUCGCUGCCACUUCUUCCCAGCAAUGAGCCAUAUGUGGCGCCAAAGCUUCCUAAUCGGCCAAAGGUACCUGCAGCAACACCCCUUACGGUGCAUAGUAAGCGAAAUCUUGAAUCUUUGGAGCAGCAGCUGCGCUAUGGUCAGAAAAACCCUACCGAAGAAAAGACCAGCCUGAAUUUCCAGCAUCAAUUGCUACUUGGUCAUGUGUCAUUGCUCACGGGUGUUGCUUUUGCCACGGUGCCUCGGGAUGAUAAUUCUGGUCAAAAGCGCAGUUACAUCCUAACCGGAGACCGCGAUGAGCAUAUCCGAGUCUCUCGCUAUCCCCAGGCUCAUAUUAUUGAAGGUUAUUGUCUGGGCCAUACUGCAUUCAUCACCAAGCUCUGCAUUCCCCAAUCUGCUCCAGAAUAUCUCAUCUCCGGCGGAGGCGACGACUAUUUGCUAGUCUGGAAAUGGACCGAAGGCCGUAUGCUACAGAAGGUCCCCCUAGUGGAGCAGGAAUCAGAGACUACACAGGUUACAGUUCGUGGAAUUUGGGCGACAUCAAUCGGUGGAUCGAAUAUUGUUCUUGUUGCGCUUGAUGGGUCCUCACAGCUGCAAUGCUUCGUGCUCGAGUCCGAUGGCACAUUAAAAACACAGGGCCCAAUCGAGAUGUCUGGCAACGUAUUAGACGUAGCCAUCAUGGAGAAGGACAGCACAAUUGUUGUUUCUGUGGACUCUAUCCGUGAAAAGGGCUCGACUCACGAAUGGAGAGCCAGCCCAACAAGCUCCUCGAAUCUAAUUGAAUCGUUCUGCGUGAAGCCGGGAACAGAAAACUUGGAGUGGGAGCCGGUCACAGAGUCGCUAGUUACCAAUAUUAAUCUGGCCGGCUCCUCCGGUAUUCCAGCAGAUGCCGACACGAAGCAAAGAAAGGAACUCAACGAGUUGUUAUAUAGUCCCCUCUUCACACAAUCCAUCCUAUUUUCCGUCAAGAUGCAGGAACAAUUCGCUCCAUUGAAGAACGACCUUUUGCUGAGGGCCGCCAGAGGCGAGAAGGUCGAGCGUCCUCCGAUAUGGGUUAUGCGUCAAGCUGGACGCUAUCUCCCCGAAUACCACGAAGCUAAAGGAGGUCGCGACUUUUUCGAAUGCUGCCGCAGCCCGGAAAUCGCCUCGACGCUGACUAUCCAGCCUGUGGAACGCUAUGCAGGGCUUAUCGAUGCCGCAAUCAUCUUCUCCGAUAUUCUAGUCAUUCCCCAGGCUAUGGGAAUGCAGGUUGAGAUGGUUGACAAGAAGGGACCCCACUUCCCCGAACCGCUGAAGUCGCCGGACGACGGACAGUACGAAAAAGUGAUGCAGAAGCAGGUCGAUGUUAAGGAGGAGCUUGACUAUGUUUACAAGGCCAUCCGACUCACCCGGCACAAGUUGCAAGGCCGUGUCCCGCUCAUUGGUUUUUGUGGUGCCCCUUGGACCCUCCUGUGCUACAUGGUUGAAGGUGGUGGAAGCAAGAUGUUUGUUCAGUCGAAGACGUGGGUCUACAAGUACCCAAAGGAAUCCCAGGCAUUGCUGCAGAAGAUCGCAGAGAUCUGUGUGGAAUACCUUGCACUCCAGGUCGCCGCAGGCGCCCAGUUAGUCCAGGUCUUUGACUCAUGGGCCGGUGAACUUUCUCCGGCCUCGUUCAAGUCAUUCUCGCUCCCAUAUCUGCGCCAUAUUUCUGCAAAUCUGCCCAAGCGGCUGAGGGAAAUGGGACUGGAGCCGGUGCCCAUGACUGUUUUCGCCAAGGGCGCAUGGUAUGCACUUGAUGACCUUUGUGAAUCCGGCUAUAACGUUGUGGGGCUUGACUGGCUACAUGACCCAGCGGAAGCUAGGCGAAUUGCGAACGGUCGGGUCACCAUCCAGGGCAAUGCUGAUCCCGGUAUGCUCUACGGCGGCCGUCCUGCCAUCACGGAAGUUGUCGAGACCAUGGUUAAAGGUUUCGAGAAGGGCAAGCAAGGAUGGAUUGCCAACUUGGGUCAUGGUAAUGACGUCCCAUGA